AGAGAGAGAGAGAGAAUGGCAGAGAGGCUCAAUGAAGCAGAGAUCAAUGAAAACCCAACUUCAUUGCACGACGAAAAUGAAUACAAUCUUGAUAGAGCGAUGGUGAAAUGUUUCAAUUGGACUCCUCUACAUGUGGCUGCAUCACGUGGGCAACAAGAGCUUUUCCAAGAACUGUUGCAUAGGAAUCCAGAGCUUGCCAAAGCUCUAGAUUCGCAACAACAAUCCCUCCUUCACUUGGCAUCGGCUAAUGGACACAUUGAGAUUGUGAAGGCAUUAACACAGGUGAGACCAGAGAUGUGCCUAGCUCGUGAUCGAGACGGUGCAAAUCCUCUUCAUGUUGCAGCUAUGAGAGGAAAGGUCGAGAUUGUGAAAGCAUUAAUACAGGUGAGACCAGAGAUGUGCCUAGCUCGUGAUCGAGACGGUGCAAACCCUCUUCAUGUUGCAGCUAUGAGAGGAAACAUUGAGAUUGUGAAGGCAUUAAUACAGGUGAGACCAGAGAUGUGCCUAGCUCGUGAUCGAGACGGUGCAAACCCACUUCAUGUAGCAGCUAUGAGAGGAAAGGUCAAGAUUGUGAAAGCAUUAACAGUGGCGAGAUCAGAGAUGUGCCUUGCUUGUGAUCGAGACGGUGCAAACCCUCUUCAUGUUGCCGCUAUGAGAGGAAAGGUCGAGGUCUUGGAUGAGUUGUAUCAAGCUAACCCCCAUGCAGCUCGAGCUAGGGUGGACAGAGGAGAAAGAGAGACUAUCUUACACCUAUGCGUCAAAUAUAACCAGCUACAGUUUCUUUCGAUGUUAUUGGAGAAAUACUUUAAAGGUGAGGAGUUUGUCAAUGCCACAGAUAAGGCUGGCAAUACAAUACUACACCUUACAGUUGCGAGUCGAAGAUACAAGAUUAUCGAGUAUGUUCUCAACCACACGGAGAUAGAUGUAAAUGCAACAAAUGCAAGCAAGCAAACAGCGUUGAGCAUUCUACUUCUUGGACAAAAAAAUGGAACAAAACCAGAGGGAGUGGACAAAGACAUUAAAGCCCUGCUUUACUAUCGCAAAAGCGCUAGUAUCCUCGAUCCUAAGGGAAUAGCAGAGAGAAAAAAUGGAAUUAUAGUUGCUUUUGUACUGAUGGCAACCCUACUCUUUCAAGCAGCGGUGGCCCCUCCAGGCGGUGUUUGGCAGGAUGAUAAAGAUGGUCCACAUGGACACAAAAUUGGAGGAGCUGUGAUGGCUUCUAAUUACCCAAAGUUGUACCGGGCUUUCCUCUUUAAUAACAUGUUCGGCUUUUUCACAUCUCUAAUCAUUGUCUUUUUGAUCGCGACUGACUUGCUCUUCAUGUCAGAGACAUUCCCGGGGUUGACGUAUAUUGCUAUUGGCGCAACAAUCUGGUCCAUUGGAGAAACGUAUUGGAUUUCUCUUACCAUAUUCUCACCGGAAAGGAGUCUCACUCGCGUUGCUGUAAUAAAGGUACUAGUUUGGUGGUGCAUCAUUUCAGCGGCUUACCUCCUAUUCCGCGGGAUAGCAAGAUUAAUUGUGCGCUACAAAAAGAGAAGAAAUUAUAGGGCCGUGGAGAUGGUUAACAGACGUCAUACUAAUCAAGCUUAAUUCAGUAAACGGGGCUACUAGUGUUUGAUUUUUCUGUCCGUAUUGUAUGAAUUUUCUUGAACAAUUCAAUAAUCAUGCAUGUUUAACUUAAAAAUAUUGUUGUCUUUAAAUUCAAGGUUUGCAAGUUAUUGUAAUAAAAUUGGAUUGUGAUUUGCGAGUAG